AUGUCGGUGUAUGCCAAGUUUUUUAAGGAUAUUGUUUCGAAGAAAAGAAGCACAGGAAAAUUCGCCACGGUGGCAUUAAUACAAGAAUUAAAUACUAUAAUCCCACCAAAGAUGCGCGAUCCAGGCAGCUUUACAAUACCCUGCUCAAUAGGAGGGAUCUACACUGGUCAAGCAUUGUGUGAUCUUGGGGCGAGCAUAAAAUUAAUGCAUGUUUCAAUCUUCAAACAAUUGAAUGUAGGUCAGCUGACACCCACAACGGUGACUCUCCAACUUGCAGAUAGGUCCCUGGUACACCUUGAAGGAAAAUUGAAGGAUGUCUUGGUCACAAUAGACAAAUUCGUUCUACCUGAAAACUUCAUCAUUCUAGAUUAUGAAGCGGAUAAAGACGUGCCAAUCAUAUAA